UUCAGGCUUCUUCCCUGGCCACAGCUCAUGGAUUUCCUCACGGAGUAUCCCUACAAUGACACUUAUUAUGACAACGGGACCGGGGCCCUCAACAGCACAAGCUGUGAGGCCAAGCAUCAGUAUAACUACUAUGCCAUGCUCCUGACUCUCCUCAUCUUUGUCAUUGUCUUCGGCAAUGUGUUGGUGUGUAUGGCAGUCUCCCGAGAGAAAGCGCUGCAGACCACCACUAAUUACCUCAUUGUCAGCCUGGCGGUGGCAGAUCUUCUCGUGGCCACAUUAGUUAUGCCCUGGGUGGUGUACCUUGAGGUGGUGGGGGAGUGGCGUUUCAGUAAAAUCCAUUGUGAUGUGUUCGUCACCCUGGACGUCAUGAUGUGUACAGCCAGCAUUCUUAAUCUGUGUGCCAUUAGUAUUGACAGGUACACGGCUGUUGCCAUGCCGAUGUUGUACAAAACACGCUACAGCUCCAAGAGACGAGUAACGGUAAUGAUCUCGGUGGUUUGGGUGCUUUCAUUCACUAUUUCCUGCCCCUUGUUGUUUGGAUUAAAUAACACAGCUACACGGGACGAUACCGUAUGUGAAAUCGCCAACCCCGCUUUUGUUGUCUACUCCUCCAUCAUGUCAUUCUACGUGCCCUUCAUCAUCACCCUUCUCGUGUACGUGCAGAUCUAUGUGGUUCUUCGUAAGCGUCGAAAACGGGUCAACACUAAACGGAGCUGCCAGAAGACAGAUGCUGAUGCUCAGCCCCCUCUCAAGGAAAAGUGCACUCAUCCUGAAGAUGUGAAACUGUGCACAGUUAUCAUUAAGACCAACGGGGGUUUACCUGCCAAAAACAAGAAAGCACAACUAAUAAAGGAAGUCCUGCACCAGGGUGGUGAUGUGGGGGUGGACAUUACGCCUGGCACAAGCCCUCCAGAGAAAAAGAAACUGGCAUCCACUCUGGUUGUCGACCUGCUGGCCAACCCAUGCCCCAUCCAUGGCUCUCCCUCCCAUGGUGAAUGUCAGUCAAAUGGAGAUGAUAAAAAUGGGCAUGCCAAGGAGGUCCAGACCCCUAAAGAAUCCAAACCUGUUGAAACUCAGGCACUGCCCAAUGGCAAAACCCUAACUACAGUGACCAAAACCAUGAGCAAGAGAAAGAUGUCCCAGCAUAAAGAAAAGAAGGCUACUCAAAUGCUGGCUAUUGUUCUAGGUGUUUUCAUUAUUUGCUGGCUGCCCUUUUUUAUUACUCACAUUUUGAAAACUCACUGCACAAGCUGCGUGGUGCCACUGGAAAUGUACAAUGCCUUCACUUGGCUGGGAUAUGUGAACAGUGCCGUCAACCCCAUCAUAUAUACCACUUUCAAUGUGGAGUUCAGAAAGGCUUUCAUAAAGAUAUUGCACUGCUGAGGACAUUAUUCACUGCAUGCAUAGAGGAGAGAUGGAGGAUUUCACAAGAGUCCUUGUACAUC